AUGACGACGGCCACAGCUGAAGCACGGUCACGUCCAGCUAUUGAACCCAUACUAACUACUGGUCUUGAUCUGAAUGUUCGCUCCCUGCGAUCACGCAUUGUACAAAAGAGCCCUUCUUGGACCCCUUCGCCUCUUUCACCACGCAGCCUCCCUAUCCCACGGGUUCGACUCGCGAGAGAUGAUGAUACGGCGCAAGACGAUGGGAUGGAUGUUGAUCAACUAGAGAACCCAAAGCUUGAUUCUCCCAAACAAGAUGCCAAUCUCCGCAACGUCUCUCUGCGACCUAUCGCAGAACUUGCCCUUCCAAGCCCCAGCACCUUGCCGUCUAGACGUUCUGAUUCUCGUCGCAACUCUGUUUUCUUGGACCAUGAACGCCGCCAGUCUGCACCUGGUGGUCCUCUGCAUACUAGAGCCAUGCAGAUUGCCCGGCAGAGAGACCAACCUCACCGUCGAAGACUCGCAGGUUCAUAUAGAACUCGUGAACCUGAGAUAUUGGUUCAACCAACCGAGCUUCGUCGCUUAUCUAUGUUGCCCUCGAGUGACACUGGAUCGCCAUCACCCUACCCUGUGGACGGACGUUUGACUACCCGUGUGGUUGUGCAUUCUCCAGGAAAGAAAUCGCUUGUACUUACCAGAACUUUCGACUUGGAUGAGCUGCGAGCUACCCUUCCACCAGUUAGCCCUGUUGAACAGACGGAUCGGCGUGCAUCGGUUGCGUGUCUUCAACCCCCCGCCAACAUUUCACGAUCACAUUCACCGGGUUACCCACGGGACAGGCGAAGUUCCUACGGUGCCAUCCCGAGAGCCAGCCAUUGUCGGUCUCCUCCUGGCGAGAGAAGACUUUCACGUCAAAGCCUGCCUCCUGUUGCUAUUCGACUUGACUACGCCAGAAGAUACCUUCCCGUCCUGGCUGCGGUCAUUUUGUCAGAGCUUGUCCAGCCUGGUGACAUGGUUGAGGUUCCGCUGCCGCAUCCCCGUGCAUGGGAGGACACUGCCACACAUGUCUACACAGGACGAAACCCGCUUACGGAACCCAUCAGACAGAACAUCCUGUAUCUUGGUGGUUCUGUAUAA